AUGGAUCUCGUCCCAUUGGUAACAGGGCAGAUCAAGUGCAUCGCAUACUAUACUACUGGACUUGUUCUGGCGUCAAUUGUCCUCAAUGUGAUCAAACAGCUUGUCUUCUACAACAGAAAAGAACCACCUGUUGUCUUUCACUGGAUUCCUUUCAUUGGGAGUACAGUCGCCUAUGGCAUGGACCCGUACCAGUUCUUCUUCGCUUCUCGAGCCAAAUACGGCAAUAUCUUCACCUUCAUUCUGCUAGGCAAGAAAACAACCGUAUAUCUCGGCGUUGAAGGAAAUGAGUUCAUUCUCAAUGGAAAGCUGAAGGACGUCAACGCCGAGGAAAUCUACGGCAAGCUUACAACCCCCGUCUUCGGAUCUGACGUUGUCUACGACUGUCCAAAUUCCAAACUUAUGGAGCAAAAGAAGUUCAUCAAAUACGGCCUGAGCCAAGAAGCUCUAGAAUCCUAUGUGCCCCUAAUCGCCGACGAAAUAAGCUCCUACAUAAAAUCAUCCCCCAGCUUCAAAGGCCAAUCCGGUACCAUCGACCUCGUCCCCGCCAUGGCCGAGAUAACCACCUUUACCGCAGCCCGCACCCUCCAAGGCGAAGAAGUACGAUCAAAACUGACCACCGAGUUCGCCAAACUCUUUCACGACCUCGACCUCGGCUUCACCCCAAUAAACUUCAUGCUCCCCUGGGCACCGCUACCCCAAAACCGCAAGCGCGAUAGAGCACACCGCCGUAUGCGCGAGAUCUAUGUGGAUAUCAUCCAAGCGCGACGGGAAGCCGGCGAAGAAGCCAACGACAACGGCAGGGACAAAACCAAAGGGACCGACAUGAUCUCGAACCUGAUGCGUUGCGUGUAUCGUGACGGGACUCCCAUUCCAGACAAGGAAAUCGCGCAUUUGAUGAUCACAUUGUUGAUGGCGGGCCAGCAUUCGUCGGCCUCGAUUAGCUGCUGGAUUCUCCUUCGACUCGCGUCGCAGCCCGAGAUGACGGAGAAGUUGUUUGCCGAACAGGUCAACAACUUGGGCGCUGAUCUCCCGCCGCUGCAGUACAAGGAUUUGGAUAAGCUUCCGUUGCACCGCAAUGUGAUCAAGGAGACGCUGCGUCUCCACUCUUCCAUUCACACGCUUAUGCGGAAAGUGAAGAAUCCGAUGCCGGUGCCUGGGACUGAUUUUGUGAUUCCGCCGUCGCAUACGUUGCUCUCUUCGCCUGGUGUUACAGCAAGGGAUGAGCGGCACUUCCGUGAUCCAUUGCGAUGGGAUCCGCAUCGCUGGGAGAGUCGGGUUGAGGCCGAGGAUUCUUCUGAUACGGUAGAUUAUGGGUAUGGGGCUGUCUCCAAGGGAACGCGCAGCCCGUACUUGCCGUUCGGGGCCGGUAGACAUCGUUGCAUCGGUGAGAAGUUUGCGUAUCUUAAUUUGGGGGUUAUUAUCGCUACGCUUGUGAGGGAGUUCAGGUUUUUUAAUCCUGAGGGAAUGGAAGGGGUGCCAGACACGGAUUACUCGUCUCUCUUUUCACGUCCUAUGCAGCCGGCGACUGUACGCUGGGAAGUCCGUUCAUAG